CAUUUUUAAAUCAAUACUGCUUGCGCCGUUUUUAGGUGAUUUUCCUAAAAUUUUCUUGUAGAAUAAUUAUUACUGAAAUAUAAGUUAGAUGGCAAAUUUUAGACCUGCAGGUUUUUCUGAUGAUGAUUCCGACAGCGAUGGAUACUAUGAUAAAAUGGUUGUACACAAGAAUUACCUAAAAUAUUUAGAAAAUAAUAGGAAAAAUAUAGAAGAAGAGUUAAAGAAAGCGAUUACUAAAGGUGACAUUGACGGAGUUUCAAAAAUAAUAAACUCUGAAUUAAAAGGAAAUGUGAAUGGAAAACUUCAAACUGGUUGGACACCCUUGUUACAUGCGUGUUUUCUUGCUAAUGAAAAAGUAGUGCAGUAUUUACUAGAGAAAGGAGCUGACCCUAAUAUUCAUGCAGCAGACUCCAUGACACCUGUAAUGAUGGCCUGUCUGAACAGUACUUCAAACGAAGCAGCUGCUUACAAUAUUGUAUCAAAUCUCAUACAAAGUAAUUGUAUGUUGAAUAUUGGAGAUAAAUAUGGCGUUACACCUCUUAUGAAGGCUGUAAUUAGCGGCAAGCAAUCUAUAGUUGAACUCUUAGUGGAUACAAAUGUCAAUAUCGAAAUGAGAGAUAGGCAGGGUUGGACGGCAGUAUUUUGGGCUAUCCAUCACAACCGGCCAAAAGCUUUGGAUUUGCUUCUAAAAAAGGGAGCUAGGCUGAAUAUAGUGGAUAUAUCAAAUCGAACCCCAGCCAAAAUUGCAUAUUCACAUGACUACCUUCACAUCCAUUCAGUGAUAUCAGCAUAUGAGAAAACCUGUGAGGAUGACGAUGAAACGAUUGAGGAAAAGGAGAUCAGCAGACAAAAAGGAUUCCUGAGCAAAUUGUCCUCAUGGCAUGAUUUUUAUCCAGGACUAAGGGAUGAGAGCAAACCGAAGUUCGCUCAUGAAAUAUCAAAUCUUCUCUAUGGUAUGAAUUGUGAUAGACUCAGGGGUGUAUUUGAUAAGAUAAAAAUAAAUUUAAGAGAUUUUCUGCUCAUGGAGGAAAAGGAAAUGAUAAAAUAUGGUGUUGAUUUACCAUUUGAGAGACAGAGGCUUAAACAAGGUAUCCGUGGAUUCCAUUUGAGGAGUUGGAAGGUUAAUUCCGUGGCUGGUCUACAAACGAGACGUGGUGAUCCAUACAGUAUUGUUGAAUGUCUCAGCAUACUCGGCUCUCAUUUGGAACAGCUGUACAUAUUGGAGUCAACACUAACAUAUGUUCUGAGAGAUUUCAACAGAAUACAAAGUAGAUUGAAGUUUGAAGCACCCGACUCACCUGUCAUGGUUAGACUGCAGCAGGCAGCCAGCAAGAUGAUCUGUAACAUAAACAGUAUCAGGAGAGAGGCGAAUGCUAUGAAAAAGAUACAUGUUAAGAUAAGUAAAGAUAGCUUAAGACCCGUCGAUCUCAUAACGGAGAAGACAACCAAAGAUGUAGCCGUAGAAUUAAUUACUGAACUGGUAGUGCUUAGCUGUAUAGGCUUGCUUGUGUAUAACGCUAGAAGCCUAGUUACUAAGAUCAUCGUCAAAUAAACGCUCUGAAAUUAUAAA